UAUACCCAAUUGUUUCCCUUUAAUGUGUCUAAAUAUUUUAUUUGUAUGAACGUUUUUAGCUUUUCAUUAAAAUGUAAUUCAAAUUCUUCAACUUAAAUAUUCAUAAAUGAUGUGACUUGAAAGUUCAGUAAGAAUUAUGUGAAGAUUGUUAGACUUAGUUAUCACUAACACGUUUAACCAACAAACAGCCUGUGGUUUCUAGACUUACAGAGAAGUGUGCCACUGUUUUCCUUCCUCAUCUUGUGCUGACACCUCUGCACUGCAGAGAAAAUGACACAAGCUUGCCACUGGUCUACAUUGUCAGGCAUCUGAGGCAACAACGAAACACCACUUUUCAGAAUUGCAACUUAGAGAUUUUCAGUUUGCUGGCUAUCCCCGUUUAUUUCUCAUAAGAGCUGAUUUCGAUUUCUGGACGGGGGUUUGGUUCAGCAUGGCGCACAUGGCCAGACUCUGGGUAGUUGCAGUCCUUGUGGGGCUCAUGUGGGUAAUGGUAUCCCAUGGUUGGUUAACACCUCGUACCUCUUUCUCCAUUCAUGACAACGGAAGUUCUGUCAGAGUCGCGGCUCACUUCUCUGAUGUCGAAAAUGCCACCACACUGUUGCUAAGUGACGACGGGGCCACUCUGUAUGUAGGGGCACGCAAUGCUAUUCUCUCACUGAAUGUCAGCCAGCCUGGUGUUCUGACUUUGAAACACAAGCUUGACUGGACUCCAUCUCAGACUGCUCUUGAUAAAUGCCUCAGACAAGGGAGCAAGAAAGCUACGGUAAAAUGUCCCAACUACAUCCGCGUGUUGCAGUUCCUCAAUGCCACCCACCUUUAUGUGUGUGGGACCCAUGCCUUCCAGCCACAUGACACAAUUAUUGAGAUGGAAACGUUUAGGCAACUUAGAAAACCAGAAGAGGCCAAAGGUCACUGUCCAUUUAGCCCAGUGGAAAGAAAUACAGCCAUUUCAGUUGAUGGUGAGGUGUACGUAGCCACAACCUCAGACUAUCAUGGGAGUUCCCCAAGUGUGUCACGUUUCCUAAGCAAUGGACGUGUGGACGUGAGUCUUGAACACCCUAUGAGAAUUCUAGAAGAACCAACCUUUAUCAAAUCCACUGCCAUACCUGGUGAAGAGAAGGUCUACUUUUUCUUCACUGAAACUAGUAAUGAGUACCACUUCAUGAGCAAGCUGAUCGUGUCUCGAGUGGCCCAGGUCUGCAAGGAUGAUGCUGGUGGGAAGCUAACCCUGCAGAAACGCUGGACCACGUUUGCUAAGGCUCAGCUGGUCUGCCCGCAAGGAAACGAGCUUCCAUUUAAUAUCCUCCAUGACAUCGUGCAGCUGCCUCCUUUAGAGGGAGACUCUUCAGAAGACAUCACCUUCUAUGGCAUCUUCAGCUCUCAAUGGUCCUUGGCCACAGGAGUGUCUGCUGUGUGUGUUUUUAAGCUGCAGGACAUUAAGGCUGCCUUCUCAGGGAACUACAGGACAUGGAACAUAGAUAGAUAUACUUCACAGCCUGACAAAAGUCUCCGGUUUGGAGAGUGUGGCUUGUCUAAUGAUGACAAUGGGCGCUUGGAAUUGGUGAAGAAAACUUUUCUGACUCAGAAGAAUGUGCAGGCAGUAGACAACAGAAUGGUUCUUUUAUCUCCAGACCAGAUGUAUAGUCGUAUAGUGAGUCAACAGACACGGGCAGCCAGUGGACAAGCUUAUACUGUCCUCUUCUUACUCACUGAAUCUGGAUACCUUCAUAAGGUGGUGUUGUCCAAAAGGGGUCCCCACAUCAUAGAAGAGAUUCAAGUCUUCAGAUCUCCACAAACAGUGAAAAACAUCAUUCUGUCUACAUCCACAGGCAUGGUGUUUGUAGGCUCACCAGAAGGUGUGUCUCAGGUGCCAGUAUGUAACUGCUCAUUUUAUCAAACCUGUGCUGAAUGUGUGAUGGCAAGAGAUCCCUUCUGUGGCUGGGUUCCCACUACAGGAGUCUGUGACAGUGUCUCCACCACCGUAUCUGAUGUGCGGCAAGAUGUAGAACAUGGAAAUACAGAAGGGCAAUGUAAAGGCAUUGAUUCAGAGAAAGGUCCCCAAGUAGUGGAACUCUACCAGGAACUCAACAGGCUGACAUGGCUACGUUGCGCCAAACCUUCCAGUCAGUCACUUCUGACCUGGAGGUUCUUGAACGACAGUCUUCUGCCUCCAGCCAUCUACUUACAGCCAGGAGACGGCAGCCUCGUCUUCAUCGGCAGCUCACUCACUGUCGGGCGUUAUCAUUGUGUGUCAGUGGAGCAAGGCUUAGGGAAGACAGUGGCCAUAUUCUCAGUGAAACAGGGGGUCACUCCUCAUGGGAUCGGGUCCACCAGCGGACAGAGAUACAUCACUUCACAGUCUGGUACUCCGACAGAAACGGGUGUAUCAGUGACACCUGGACUGAGCCCCAGCACAAGCCAUACGACUAGCCACUCCAGUACAUGCCAGGGAUAUGUCAUCACCACGCAGAUAGAGAACCUAGCUCUGAACUCAUCCAAGGCUCAAAUUACUGAUGAUGGCAAUCCUCUCAAACCUGUCAAAAGCUACCACGGAGAGCUGGUGGCAGUCUCAGUCCUGCUGGCCGCCUGUGUGCUGACGCUGGGUGGGCUCUACCUGUGGCAUCAGAGAAGCCUCCGCAGAGUUCAGUUAGGUUUGGGUCCAGAAAAAACUCUCUCUCUGGGGACAGUUGACCCUUGAGGAUCCGGAGGGUAUGGAUUGUUAGUGCAACUGGAAUGGCAUCUGAAUGAAAGGGUUUGUUUUAUAUAACAAUAGAAAUAAGAAUAGCGAUUCUACUUGCUUACUUGCACAUUUCUAAAGGUAUACAGUAGGCCUACACAUUGUUUAUCAGUUUCAGGCAUUUUAUUGCAUUUACGUCAUUUUUUACUUGUAAUUGUAACCCUUGAGACAGACUGUGGACUGAAUACAAAAGGGGCACAGGGAAGCAUGCUGUUUUCACUACUCUUAGAGAUACUUCAUUCUGUCAGGUGUAGUUUAUUUUUACGAUGACCAUUCCAUUGAGAACAGCAAUUGUAAAAUAUAUUUUUUUAGACAAUUAUUUCUUCUAUUUUAAACUUUUUUAAAAUGUACAUUCUUUCCUGUGGGUAUAAUGGAACUGCAUAUAGCAUUUGUAAUUCUAAAAUAUGCUGAGCUUCACAAUUUAAGCAAUCGACAUCUGAUUAUUUUGUUAUGUUAUGAUACUGUGAACGCACAUUUAUAACGAUUUGACAUCCUGUAAAUUAAAAUGGACACAUGCCAAUGGUCUGUCAAGAGUUAAUAAAAAAUGUUUAAGAGAAUGCGA